UGAGGACACACUCAGAAGGUGAAAUGACUUUCCCAGGCUCGGCCAGCAAGGCUGGUCCCAGGCCCACGGCCGCCCUGGCAUGGAUAGUUGCACAAGCUCACUCUCCUGGGACCUCCAGGGCUGGCCAGGCAAAGAGCUAUUUGUCCCCAAGUCCAGACAGCAAAGAUGAGAAAUAGGAGUACACCAUUGCUCUCCUGUUCCCAGUCACUUGAACGUACCAUGUGAGAUGACAGUAAGGUGGCCAUGAAGACUCAUGGGGCAACUUUAAACAUAGCCAUGAGCACAGUUGGCUUCAAUUUCUGUGUUUCCACAUCCAGAGGCAACUGACCACAGAAUGAAAUGAGGAAGAAGCACUGUACUGAGUAUGUGCAGAUGUCUUUCCUGCCGUUAUCCCCUGAACGGUGUGUGUGUGUGUGUGUGGGGGGGGUGUCUUUGUGGGAAGGUGCAGUGUGAAAGUUCCUCACAUGGCUCUACAGAGUGUUCGGCACUACGAAUAACCUAGAAAGUAAGUUAGGUGCACAGGAGGACAUGCCCAGGUCAUAUGCAGUACUCUGCCUUCUACACAAGGCAAUGGCACACUCUGGUAGAACCAAUGCCUUCAGACACGGAGGAGCGACUGUCAAGCUCUCAGACUCCUGUUGUCCUGUCUUGAGCUGGCAGGCCUGUUGCUGAGGACAGGCCUGUUCCCUUCCUGCAAAGCUCUUCCUUGCCUCCCAGCUUCCCACGCUCCUGUAGCCGAAGGCCCAGGGGACCCACCACAAACUGGUAGGGACACCUUGCCUCCCACAUCUCAAAAUCCCAAGUGGCCCCCCUGCUUUAUCCCUGUUGUCCAGACGGGGGUCCACCUCUUCCCCAGGGCAUUUGCACUCACACAGUCUCCUCUUGCUAGCCUCUGCUCAGGUCCAGUCCCUUCGGGCCUUCUGACCACUUACUCAGUUAACCCUGACUCCUGUCCUGGCAGUCCCUUGGUCCUCUCACUUCUUCAUACAUCAGCCCUCCCCUAACACCUGAUGUACUCCUUGCUGGUUUUCUUUUCCAAUGGUGGUAAACGUUAACGUUUGUUACCCCAAUAGCUUGCGAUGCUCGGUUCAGUGGUGUUAAGAGCAUUAGCACGGCUCUGCAGCCCUCACCACCAUCUCCAUAGCCUUUCAUCUCCUAAACACGAACUCCCCUCCCCAGCCCACUCUGGUACCCUCCGGUUUCCUUCUGUCUCUAUGGCUCUGACUCCAGUGACCACUUGGUAGCGUCAUUACAGCAUGGAAUUACCCCACUGUCCUUCUGUGCUUGACUUCUUUCCCUCAGCAGUCCACCCAUGCUGCGGCAUGCUCCUUUCCACAACUGUCUGUCAUGCUGGGUGGGGUAGCACAUGCUUUUGUUCUCAGAACUUGGAAUUUAAUCUAGUAGGCAGAUCUCUGUUAGUUCGAAGCCAGCCUGGUCUACAGAUCAAGCUCCAGCACCUCCAGGGCUACAUAGAGAAAUCCUGUCUCGAAAGACCAAAACCAACCGAAUAAAAGAAGCAAUUGUCUGUCUCACUUGCUAGAAUGGAGGUUUCUAGGACGGUUGUAUUCACUGUUGUAUCGCAGGGUAUGUGUGUAAGAAUACCUGGUACACAGCCAGGCGGUGGUGGUACACACCUUUGAUCCCAGCACUUGGGAGGCAGAGGCAGGGGAAUCUCUGCGAGUUUGAGGCCAGCCUGGUCUACAGAGUGAGUUCCAGGAUAGCCAGGGCUACACAGAGAAACCCUGUCUCGAAAAACAACAACAACAACAACAACAACAAAACAAAAACAAAAAUAACCAACCAAGGCGGAAGUGCGGGGGCUUCCGGUUGGCGUCGUACGCGUGGAGUGCGCGGUCAGUCGUGUUUCUCAGGUAAAGCAUGGCUAAAAGCUUACGGAGUAAGUGGAAACGGAAGAUGCGGGCAGAGAAGAGAAAGAAGAAUGCCCCACGGGAGCUCAACAGACUUAAAAGUAUUCUCAGAGUUGACGGUGAUGCUCUGAUGAAGGAUGUCGAGGACAUAGCAACUGUGGUGGUCCCCAAACAGUGCCAGGGGAAAAUGCAGUGUACGGUGGACGAUGAAAAGGAAGACACAAAAAUGGAGACUGAACUGAAGAGAAACAAGAAGACCCUUCUAGACCAGCAUGGACAGUACCCAGUGUGGAUGAACCAGAGGCAGAGGAAAAGACUGAAGGCAAAGAGAGAGAAAAAACGGGGGAAAAGCAGAGCCAAGGCAGCGAAGGGCCUGGCCUGGUAGACCCUUGAGAACUGGAAAGUGGUGGUGCACGUGCCUUUAAUCCCAGCCCGCAGGAGUCAGACAAGCAGAGCUCCGUGAGUUCGAGGCCAGCCUGGUCUACAAAGCAGGUGCCAGGACAGCCUGGACUGUUACACAGAGAAACCUUGUCUCAAAAAAUCACAAAAAAAAAAAAAAAAAAAAAAGAAAGAAAAA